AUGAAAAAACCCUCUGCCUCACUCACUCGCCAAUCGUCAUCGUCCCUAUUUCCCAAGUCUCACUCACUCGGCAAUCAACAUUGUCGUUUCCCUCAACCCUCUGCCGGCGGCGACAAUGUUGAUGACCAAAACCCAAGAAUCGGAGACGGCGAUCGGAGAGCGGACCUGAAGCUGGCCUCUCUUGCCUCACGAAUCGAACACGGAAGCGCCGCGCCACAUUUCAGAUUCCGCCGGGAGAUUGAAGCGACGCCUAUUUGCCUGCUCCGCCUCAUCAAUACAGUCGAGAAGCCAACCAGAAACCCAUUCCGGCAAGCGCCCAACAUCUUGAUUGUUCUCUUCUCCUAUCGACCCGACGUAUUGAUAUAG